UACCGAGAGAAAGAGCAGAACUGUGCGGUGUUGUGCGGAUUCGGUUGCGCGGAAAUUUAUCAUUUUCUGUACACAAGCCCCAGUACCCAGAGUCGACGCGUAUGUACGUUUAUAGUUUCGGAUGGAAGUCAGUCACAGCAGCAGCAUCUCGAGUGAGAAGUACUUUUUUUUUCGGUUGAAAGUUUGGUGAAGUGUUGGAAGUUGCAAUUGCAAGUCCAGUGCGGUGCAGUACAGUGCAGUGCAAGGUUAGAGUUCGAUCGGUGUAGGUCUUGGCUAAGAUCUGGCAGCAAAGAAGAUUGGAAGCUUUGAUCCAGAAGAAAAAGGAGAUUUCAGAAGUUAGAUCCUGGGAUUGGAAGCAAGCAUAUUUUGGAACAAAGAUCAAUAAAAGGAGUUUGAGGACACGUUACGCAUUGCGUGUGUGUUGUGGGUGGUGAAGAAGCGUUACGCAGUUGUAGCAUAAAAGUGAGUCACGGAAUCGGAGGAGAUUGGACGCCUCCAAGAGUGAGGGAGAACGGGCGAUUGUUCAAGGGGAUCGGCUCGAAGCGCGACGUGGCUAACACAGCAAUCUAAAUUUUAUAAGAAAAGCCUAGGUCAAUAAUGUGUAUAGUGAUGUGUUUUGCUGAUACAUGAGAGUCGGGUGCUUAGUCGGUUGAUUUAUUUUUGUACGGCCUGUGUGUCGUAGCCGUCAUCAUAUCUCUCCGAAGUGUGCGGGGGACUCCGCGGGAAACAAGUGGGGUGGUUUGUUUUUCGCUGAUAUUUUUGAAAAUUGAUGCCCACGAGAUAAGGUGUGUAUGCGAUCGAACGAGAGUGAGUAAGCCAAAGUCAGUCAGUAUAUUUGAAAAUAACUUUUCCGCGAACAUCCACCUAAGCGAGUGCUAACGGAUUUGAACGGUGGAAGGACGUGUGUUGGUUUUCGUCUAGUCGGCAAAUUGGUGGUUCGCGAUUUGUUGACCACCGCAUCGCAGUGUGUCUGUGUAGUUUGAAGGUGAUUUUUCGUACUGCGACGACACCGAAGACGUUGAUUAUUUGCGAUGUUCAAACUGUUUGAAGGCAACAAAAUAGACACCUAUACCACCGCUUGAUUUUCGUCAAUGGUAUCGUUGCAGAGUUGAAGAUUUUCGCUAAUCCGGCAUGAUUUGCUGAUCAACUUUAUAUUAAAGAUUUACGCAAAAUGGUCUACUACACGGGACUGCCGCUGCUAAUGCAGCAAGCAGAGAACAACACAAUCACCCAGCUUUGCUUCAACAGCACAUCGAACGACCAUUCCCGGCAGCAGGAGCAGCAACAGCAGCUGGAUCAACAUCAGCAAUCACAGCAACAGCAGCACCCAUCGCAGCAAAGGUUCCAACAGCAAGUGGUCAACCUGAGCAACAGCAAUGGCCAAUCGGUACCGUACGGAAACUUUCAUCAAGCCACUGGCAACGGCGCGGUGUCGUCUGGUUUGGUCACGCAGCAGCAGACGUCCCCGGUGGCCAGUGCAAAGUUCCGCUGCGAGCAGUGCAACAUCAAUUUCGGUAGCAAAAGUGCUCAUACCAGUCACAUGAAAUCUCACGCCAAACAGCAACAGCAAGCCAUCGGUGAAAGUAAAGGCGGUACGAGUUCCAAAGGGUUAAUGAAUGGGCAGGCCACUCCGGCCGAUCCGUAUCAGUGCGAUGUUUGUAAGAAAACAUUUGCCGUCCCGGCCCGACUGGUGCGGCACUACCGGACGCACACCGGUGAACGUCCAUUCGAGUGCGAAUUUUGCCAUAAGAUGUUUAGCGUUAAGGAGAACCUGCAGGUUCACCGGCGGAUCCACACCAAGGAACGACCGUACAAGUGCGACAUCUGCGAGCGAGCUUUCGAACACAGUGGAAAGCUCCAUCGGCACAUGCGGAUACAUACCGGCGAGCGACCGCACAAGUGUAGCGUGUGCGGCAAGACAUUCAUCCAGUCGGGUCAACUAGUCAUCCAUAUGCGGACUCAUACCGGUGAGAAACCCUACAAAUGUCCAGUCGAGGGCUGUGGCAAGGGUUUCACGUGCUCGAAGCAGUUGAAAGUGCAUUCGCGCACUCACACCGGGGAGAAACCGUACCAUUGUGAUAUUUGCUUCCGGGAUUUCGGAUACAAUCACGUGCUGAAGUUGCACAGAGUUCAGCACUACGGAUCCAAGUGCUACAAGUGCACCAUUUGCGAUGAAACGUUCAAGAGUAAGAAGGAAAUGGAGGCCCAUAUCAAGGGGCAUGCCAAUGAAAUCCCAGAUGAGGAAGAGACUGAAACCAAGCCUACAGUGGCUGCCCCGCCCGCGAGUAACUCCAGCAGUCGGAGCAGUUUGGAGUAUUCGUCAAGCUCGAGUAGCAUAGCUGCGCCGGAUAGUUUGUCAGCGGCAGAGGAUGCGAUGGAAUUAGAGGAAGAUCUCCACAGUCCAAAGGUAGAGUUCCGUGAGCAGCUGGUGAGCGGCCAAGUCAGCCCUGGCGGAAGCAUGCCGACUGAAAAUAUUCACUACUACUCUCGGUUUGAGGAAUCGGUGUUGCGAAGCUACGGUGUCCAGUCUGGCGUGAAUCCGGCAUUGCUGGCAGCGGCUUCGAUUGCAGCUGCCGCUUCCGCUUCCAGUAUGGAUCAAAAUGACAUCCAAAGCAAUAGGACUCCAUCGCCACCGCCACUGGCAGCAUUCUCGCAACAGCAUCAUUUGAUGGCGUCGAACGUUGAUCGGUUGACGCCACCAUCUUCACAGCACCAGCAGCCCAUCGAUAUGAUGGUUCACCACCACCACCACCACCACCAGCAGCAAGGGCAUUCACAAUUUCAGCGGCAGCAGCAGUCACCGAUCAAUACAGGCGCCUUCAUGUAUGAACCGUUGGCGAUCAUGAAGCAUCACGGCUACUUCGCUCCGGCUUCGCAGGUCACCGAAUUCAGAUCAUCUAGUGACAUCGUGCGGCAAGUGGAAGCGGCCAUUGCCGGAACGGAAAACCUGCUGACGCCCCCACGUUCAUCACCGGAAUCGCCGGAUCGUUCCUCGUCGCCCGAGUCCGAUUCAGUAUUAAUGGCCGAUCGGGACAACAACACGUUGCCACCGCGGAAGCGGAAGCUGUACUUUAAGAACGAACCGCAAGACCUACAACACGCAUCACCCGAACCGGCGGCAUCAAAGGAUGCUUCCGGAAGUCGAACGCCUCCUUCACCGCCGGUCAUACGGAUGAGUUCGGUCAUUCAGUACGCCAAGGCAUCCUAAGUGAGCGUGUUUUCUACGUUCGAUGAUGAUGAUAUUUUUCUUCUGGGCGGCCAUAUUCGAUGUAGAGUGCGCUAAGUUACAAGGCUAGCAAGUGGUUUAGAAAUAGAGGAAAGCAGACUUAUUAGGGGAUAGCUAAAUUAAUGGUAACGUUUUUAGAAGGUAAUAUUUAUCUACAACAGUAGAAUGUAGCAAGUCGACAAGAUUUAAGAGAAAUCAUACAUACAAACAAAUACACAUACACACAUGCAUACAUUAACUGCAAGAAGACUGUCUCAGGUUAAUCAGUCAUUACAUUUGAUAAGUUUAUCGCUUCUUUUGGAAUGUGGAUUGUUGACAGUUGGAGAGGGCUGACAUUGAAAUGGAGGCAUCCGGCAACACUGCCAUUGGCGUCUUGUCCGAGUUCAGCGUGAGCACGUUUCCAAUUGAAACGAAAGAAGGAUGUUUUUGGACAAAGAAAAUUAUUAAGACUGUUGAAUUGUCAAAAGAUUCUAGUAAUCGAGAAAUAUUUUAAGACGGUAGGUAACGUGCGACAAGAAACACUAGAAAAGAUGGAUCAAAAUCAGUAUAGGAGAUAUAUUUUGCGGCGAAAUCACAUUUUUUGGAUAGGCAAUUGCAGCGAUAAUGGGAAAAGGUAACUGAGAGAAAUCGACAUUUGAUGGCCAUUUGAAAAGACUAGCUUUUUACAGAAGAAAAACCGUUAAGGACAGACGGAGAGCGUAAGAAGCGCGGAAAAAGAUAGACUGGAAUCCCCCAAAAGUAAUCUUUAGCGAUAGGUAACCAAACAAACACUUUAUCGAGUUCUAGAAAUCACUAGCGUCUAAGAGUCUUCUUUCCGAACCCAAACUUUCAGCAAUCCUUUAAUGGUAACUGUAUAAGCAUAUAAUCAACAAACUCAGAAGCAUAUUAGCGAAUAAAAUUGGAUAGCAACAAUUGAAAGCAAAAGUACACCACUACACACACUGCCAACUUGAAAAAAAAAUCGAAGCUGAAACUGAAAUCUACACUCAAAGCAGCAAUAGUAAAGCAAAACAGAAAAAAAAAAACAAUCAGGGAACUGGCAGCACUGUACAGCCACGCAGCCAAAUUUUUGAUAACAAUGCAUACAAGCGCAGUUUAUAAACUGUCAAAAAAAUGCAACAAUAAGCGAAAGAAUAUACCUCAACUGCAGAAUACUAUUGAAUGUUUGCCGAUAAAACAAAUAAAAAAAAAAAACACCACUGUAAAUAGGCAUCCCUAACGAAGCGUACGAAGAUAAAUCACGAAAACAUAGUCGGAAGAGCAAGUGUUUGGUUCUGAUCUCUGCUAGUAGUCUGUAAGUGUCUUCGGUUAGUUCAACCGUUGACAACAGCUGGCACCAGUGGCGCUGGUGUUCCAACAGACACAUCCCCCUUUAAUAUUAAUUUUCUCUUACAUACUACAUUAUAAUGCUUUAAGAUAUUGUCUAAACUGUAUUCAUAUAGAAAGCAACCACAUACAGAACAAUGCAUUUAAUACUAUUUUUAAAAUAGUUGGUUUAGAUUUAGGCUCCGACUCGGUUGCAUCCCGAUCCCGUGGAUGGAGCCGAUCCGGAACAAACAGAAAAACUGAAAUCGUGAUUAUUUCUCUAAGUUCUCAUGUUAGGCGAAAGAGUAUCGAAAAGCUUUGUUUUGUUUGGUGUCAACCAGCUUCCGGAUUCAUCGUUGUCGUCGUCGUUUAUUUGAAUAUACACCAAAAAUUGUUUCACUCGUUUCGUUUUCCAAUUUUGUUCCUUAAAGAAAUGUUCCGUUCUCUUAAAUAGCAACUAGUUCUACUCAUUACUGUUCACGAGAACACUGCGCAUCAUCCAGUGAAAAAAUAAAUAAAGCAAAACCUUCCUUAGCAUGAAUGAAAUAAAAAGUGUUGCUGUUCAACAUUUGUAGGAAUCAAAUAGCCGAAAUUAGUGGUUUUUGUUGAUCUGUUUUCCGUUUCUCAAGUGCGUUUUUCUAUUCAUUAGUAGGUAAAUGGGAAAGAAAAUUCUGUUACACUCUAAUAUAGUUGACAAAGCAUAUUCAUACAAACACAAGCAAAACAUUAUAAUCGCAUUGAAAGUAAGACGGCAAUACUAGGAGGACUUUUACUGUGUAAAAACGUUGGAAGGCAUGUAAAAGAAAGGAAAGGAGUAAUUACAUAUAACAUCAAAAAAACAUGAGAAAAUAAUCAUUUUUAAUCGCUGUAUCUGUGCUCUAUAAUUGGAUAGUAACAAAAUCGCAAUAAAAUGAAACUAAACAAAAAAUCAACAAUCCGCUUAGUAGGUCCUUGUUUUUGUCUUUACGCCUCAGUGUAGUUGAAAUCAUCAUAUGAUCUUAAUGAAAUACAAUUAAAAACAAAAUGCCCUCACUACAAAAAAAAAAUGUAGACAUUUCUGAUCGGCAACCCGAGAACUGAGAUAGAAUGGGAGGAAUGAUGCAAAAGCUGGUAAGAUGGAAACAACUUUUGUGACACUUAGAAUAUAGAUUAGUGCACGCAGUCUACAUUGCGUUGCAAUUAACUAAACAAUAGUGACGCGAGUGACCAUAAGCCUCGGUUGUAAGUAAGAGCGAAAAUAAACUGAAUUAUUCUAUUGAAACGUGA